CCGCAAUGGGAAACGAGUCCUUAACUACGAUAAACAUCAUUUAUUUCAGUAGCAAAAUAUUUCUUGAUGUGCCGCAGAUUCUCAGUAACAACAUGACAGAAAUCACGGUAAUCGAGAUUUGUAUCAUCAUGUUUGGAAUUUGGAAUACCCAAAUUCUAAAUUUAAUAUCGAUGCAUGCACACUUCAUUACACCGCUGUAACGAGUUCAAUACAGCUCUUCCAUCGGCUAUCCAGAUGACGCAAGAUUCAAUCCGGGCGUUUGUUCACGAAAACUUUGGCAAGGAUUACUUCCCAGUCUAUCACGGCCAAACUAAUAUCGUUACACCAUUGGCGCUAAUCGUGAAGCGGAAGCGGGAGUGGUGGAAGCGACCUUUUGGUAAAGCGGAAAUGAUCAUUCUGGGCGGACUGGAGAGUUACAUCGUUGACGAGAAGGAAAAUCACUUUCACAGUUCUUCAGAGUCCAAACUUGUAAAAGAAAGUAAGAGUUUGCAAAAAACUGAGACAGGAGAAGUAAGCAGGAAUCUCGAUAUAGCCGUACAGGGCCUGGACAAUGCGGGAGUAGAACUGAAGUUCAGCGACGUUCUUGGUGACCUAGAACUCGGACAGCUGACUGAAGAAUAUUAUAAGGAUGCAGAGCUCCGUGAAAUAUUAUUAAACACUGCGUUAGAUCCCGAAAAAAUGGCGUCUCUAGAAGGUCAUCAUCUGCUUCUUGUAACGUCAGUGGUAUAUAGCACGAAAUUUGUUUUGCAAGGCAGCAGAAUGCAUCAGACAACUUUUUCGGGGAAUAUCCAUACACCUCCUGAAGCGUCGCCGUUCCUCGGCAAUCAUUCCUUGGUUCAGGCACACGUUACUAGGAGGUCUGUCCCUCCCCCAAUGGUACAAAGAUUGUCUCGCGCUCCGUUCCUGUUCAAGUUUUGCCGUGUGGUCUACGAAAAAGAGCGCAAGGUGUUACGUCUACAAGACGGGGAAUUUGUUGGCAGACAUUUUCGCAGUGCUCGCGGGGGACCUAGCGUUGACUCCACGAUACCCGACGACGAGGCAGUGUUGCAUCUUGAGAUGGAAGAAACUUCAGUUCAAGAUGGAAAUCCUUUAACAGUGGAAGAUUUUGCGGGGAAAGUUGAAGACGUCAAAAAACUUCUAGUCACUGAACAAACCAGUGCUCACCGAAAAGAGCUCAUUUUGAUGUAUCUAAACUGGUUUAAGCAGAUUUUGACCAAAGACAAAAAACAGUUCCUUAUUGAGAGACCGCUGACCAAGAGUGAUUGUGAAUUUCUCCUUAACGUUGGUAUUACCGCAAGACCAAAGCAGCUAAUGCUAAGAGUGGCUUCCGCAAAGAAGGACCUCAUUCAAGAAUAUGGCAUCUUGUUAAAGCUCCUUAGUGAAAUGUCAGAAGACAAAUGGGAAGAAAUUCAGAGAAGUUAAUUUAAAGAAUCAAGAAAAUAGCAAAAAUAAACUGUAACAACAUGUUGUUUCGUCUGGAAACUUUUUCUUGUUUUCAGUGAUUCAUCUUUUUUGUUUUAAGAAAACCCCUCAAUUUUUUCCUCUUUUUGCCACUUUAUCAAUUUUUCACUAAGCACAACAAGCACAACUAAGACGAGAAAAACUCAACUAAGAUGAGAAAAACACAAGCAUGCAUGACGAGAUUCAUGAGACUCUGAAAUACCCAGUAGGACAUAGGUUCUAAUUUCCGGUGACGUCAUGGUGCUUGUGCUAAUCAGAUUACAAAUCUGUCAUUACUGCGCAAUUUGUGGGUGUUUGUGGUGUAUGAGCCGUUUAGCAUUUGACAGAAUAAUUUCAUGCGGUAAACCAGAUCACCAACCAUAUAUGGCCUGGUUAAAAAACUUUAAACUAAAACUGCCGAUGUUUGACAUCAUUCUCUUUUUACCCGUUAAAGAGAUGGUAUACUAACAUCGAGAGAUGAAGUCUCAGGUACGGUGACAGUUUUACGUCUUGAUAGUCACACUAAGACUACCAAGCUACUACAUUUAAAAAUAUUAGACCAGAAAAGGUACACUUCGUUUCAAGAUGGCGGCCAUAUUAGACUUAAAAGGCUGUGAUUUCACAUCAUACUGUUUUUGACCCGCUCAAGAGAUGGGAUUCUAACAUCGAGAAAUGAGGUCUUAGGUGACAGUUUUAUAUCUUAAUAGACACGAAGAGUACCAAGCUACUACAUAAAAAGUUAUUAGACCUGAAAAGUUACACUUCGUUUCAAAAUGGCGGCCAUAUCAGACUUACAAGGCUGUGAUUUCACAUCAUACUCUUUUCAGCCCGUUGAAGGGAUGGGAUUCCAAUAUCGAGAGAUGAAGUCUGAAAGUUUUAUUUCUUGAUAGUCACCCAAAGACUAUCAAGCUACUACAUAAAAGUUAUUAGACAAAAAAGAUGCACUUCAUUUUAAGAUGGCCGCCUUAUUGCACUAACUGAACAUGGCUGUUGUUUGAAAUAAUCCUUCUUUUAACCCAUGAAAGAGAUGGGAUUCUAAUAUCAAGAGAUAAAGUUCCAGGCGACUGUAGACUGUCUUGAUGUGAAGACCAAAACUAGAAAGGUACUAGGAAAAACAUUUUUAGAUCUAAUAUGUUGUACUUCGUUUUAAGAUGGCGGCCAUAUUAAACUAACACUGCCAAUGUUUGACAUCAUUCUCUUUUUUCCCGUUAAAGAGAUGAGAUUCUAACAUCGAGAGAUGAAGUCUUAGGUGAUAGUUUUAUAUUUUAAUAUUGACAAAAAAAG